AUGUGCCAGUGCUUGAUAUGCGUACCUGUAACAUACACAGAAAAACUUGAGACGGAGAAUCCGUUGGAGAAUAUUCACUGUGCCUUUUGCUACCACACCACUCAAACAACAAAGCUGGUCAAGAAGACCUAUCUUACGUUUCUGUACGUGCCUUUCAUUCUUAUUAAGACAUCUGACCCGUUUAUCGGAUGUGACAGGUGCCGGAGCGGAUUCAGUGCAGGUGAUGUCAAAGUUUGCCACAAUUGCAGAAAUGUGAUCGUUGAUGAUAACUCGUUUUGUCCUAGGUGCGGGUUCAGGGUGCGUGAGCCGGACACGAAACAGCAGGAUUGA